AUGAACAACAGAAAAAUAGCAAAGACCAACAACUUCGAAGUGAAGCUCAUCAUGGCUGUAAAGGAGUACGGCUUAUUCAGCAAGGCCAACUUUGCCGCAAACCAACAUGAAUGGAAUCAAGCUUGGAAUGCUUUGGCGAAAAAAAUGAACGUAUCAGUUUCCCGUUGCAGGAGCCGUUGGAAAUCGCUUCGCGCAACCUUCCGUAAGCAGAUCAUGCGAAAAGGUACAGCUAACAGCAAACAUUCGGUUUGGCCGUACCGCGAGCAUAUGUUGUUUAUGAUCGAUUCAUUCCGCAACAGUCGUUCUUCGAUCAAGCCCGCUGCAUCGCUGGAAGUAGUCAGCGAAGACUCGAUCCAAUGCAUAACGGAUGAGGAUGAGAUGGAAGAGUCACAAGAGUUGCCCGAGUCUGAACCGGAAGCAGUCGAGGAACCGCACGAAAUGCCACAAAGGCGAGAAUUAUUUCAUCUAUCACGAGCUGCCUCUGCGCACCAGGAGCUACCGACACCGAUAGAACGCGCAAUGUCGGUUGAUUCGAUAACGAAGGAAGAGCCACAAAUUUUGCGUAUUGACAAGGAUUGCUACACGCAGGAAACUACCACGACCAGUACGGAAGUCAAAAUCGCACACACGGCCCAAUCAUCAUCGGGUCUGUAUGGGACACCGUCCGCGACAAACGAGGGUACCGAACAGGAAGAGUACGAAGGACGGCCCGUAUCGUGGCGAACGAUCGAUACGGACGAACAGUUUCUGCUGAGCUGUCUGACCACGAUGAAGCGCCUGUCGCGAAGGCGAAACGCUUUGGUUAGGUUGCAAAUUCAACAGCUCAUGUACGAUGCCGAGUUUGCCGAUGAGCAUGAGGGCACAACUGUGUCGUAAAC